CUGUUUGAGGUCUCUUAAUCAAUAAAGUUGGUUUUGAAUUUUGUCAUUUUGUGACUGACCGUGCAGAAAUGUAAAGAUCCUGGUCCUGGUCCUGGUCCUGGUCCAGGUCUAAUUUGAAAAUGUCCGUCACUUGACCUCUGACAUCAUCGUCAGGUUCUGACCUUUUAGAUGAAUGUUGUUCUUGCUUCAGUCCACACGGUGGCGCCACUGUAGUCUCACCUGAUCCACACACACACACACACACAGUCUCACACACGCACACGCACAGCGUCUUCCUGCUGUGAUAACAAAGGUCAUGUGACCUCGUCCUCCUGCAGCUGCAGACCGGAUCCUCACCACGGUGUUUUAUUGUUUCACACACUUCCUGUUUCCUGUCUGCAGAAUGUUGAUUGUUGUUGAGGCAGCGAGGAGGAAACUGUGCUCUGUGGACAGGACGUGUCCACAGAAGACGUCCUCAACUAAACACUGGACCCACACCCACUUACAUUCUGGUCCUGGUCCAGGUUUUCAGGUCACCUGGGGGUUAUUAUCAUUAUUAUUAUUAUGGUCUGUUCUGUUUUAUUUCACUUUUUCCAGAUGUUAUUUAUCGAUGUGGAUCUUAUUUUGGAAACAAGAGCCGGAAGUAGUCUUCUUCUGUCUCCACCAUUUUAUUUUUUUGAAGUUUUAACCGGAAGUCGUGUGGUGGGUCACGUGUGUAAAUUGACUCUCGCUCACAGUUUCUCCUCCCUGAGCCCGCGAGUCCGUCAGAGACUCGUUCAGGAUUCAGAUCUGUUCAGGACACAGCAACCACAGACCAGGACGCGGACCAGACCACAGAGACCUGCAGCGACCUCACAGACCCGGAUACUAACCAGGACCCAGAACCGAGACCGGAUCAGAGAUGGACACCUGUCUGUAGCUCAGUGAUGGCUGCCAUGUUUCCUGGAUGUGGAGGUGACAUCAGAUCCAGACUUCAUGUUGGUCGUCAUGGCAACGCUGGAUGGAAGCACGCCAGUUGAGACUCUUCUGGCUGCGAUUCAUCUGGAGAGGUACCUGGACACCUUCCGUAGAGCUGCUCUGCUAUUGGCUCAGGACUUCACUCACCUGGACCAUGAUGCUCUGGUCAGUCUGGGCGUGACCGCCACUGGACACAGGAAGAGAAUCCUGCGCCUGGUCAGUCACAUUCAGAAGUCACAGGCACAAACAUCCAAUCAGAGAGCGGCGUCUGAUCUGCCACGUGACCGCUGUCAGUCUGCGUCUUCAUCAGAGCGUGUUUGUGGCUCCGCCCCUCACCGCCGCUCUACAGGACCUGUGAACUUUGAGGUUUUGAGGAAUAGUUCUGAGCCAAACCUCGCCGCCAUGUUGACAAACUCAGAGUCCAGCAGAGCUGCGGUGAAGCCGGUCCCCAAACCCAGGACUGUCUUCAACCGGCGCAGGACUGCACCCGUCCACUUCAGUCCCACCCCUGACCCGGCCCCGCCCCCACCCCGCAGGCUCUCCCAGGAGUCCAUAUGUUUCACCAUGUUGGAGAGUCUCACCUCCAGGGACACGCCCACUCCUGGCAACAAGUUGACCUCUGAUCUCAAUGACAAACUGACCACACCCCACAGGAGGUGGAGCCGACCAGAGAGGUCGAGGCCCACUCGAAGUUUGUCUCUAUCAGACACCGGCGGGUCGUUGCCACCUGUUCCCCCGCGUAUGAACCGCUUAGUUCCUCCCUCAGUCCACCAGGAGGCUCCGCCCUCUUCUUCUCCACCUGUGCAGACGGAGCAGAACAAGACUUUGUUGACUUCUGGUCCUGGAAGUGUUGAGAGCAGCGGACACUCUGGAUCCACAGGGAUGGAGAUGGUCUCAAAUGACAUCUACUGGGGCACCUUACCUGGAUCUACUGCCCCCGGUGGAGAGAGAAGUCACUGCAGCCAUCUGUCAGCUCCUCAGACUCCGCCCAGACAAACUUCUGAGAGGAACAGUUGCAGCAAUUUAAGUAACAAUUCUUCAGGAUCAACCAGAGUGUCCACUGAUGACCCUGAAGACCCUGAAGAGGACAUCAGUCCAUACUGUGAGACAGUUUUUCACAGCAGAAGAAACGUCUCUGAGAUUGACAGAAGAGGAGUGGAAACAAGAGACAUGAGGAAGGAAGAGUGGAAAGACGCAGAGGAUCAUGGACAGAAGUUGUCGUGGACAAAGCGUCUGUCUCAGGCUCUUCACUCUGGAGAUUCUCAGGGCUACAGCACCGUUGGCGAAGCCCCGUCCCCUCUACGCGGACUGUCCCUGCCCCCCCACGAGACGGACGACGACUUGACCAUUUCCCCAUAUGCCAGCUACACCUCCCUGACCGAGAGAGCCCCGCCCAUCAUCAGUGGCUGGCUGGACAAACUGUCUCCACAAGGAAACUAUGUUUUUCAGAAACGCUUGGUGAAGUUUGACGGGAAAAACCUAAUGUACUUUGGCAGCGAGAAGGAUGUUUAUCCUAAAGGAGUCAUCCCAUUGGCUGCCAUCCAGAUGUCCCGCCCCUCCAAAGACAACAAGUUUGAAAUAGUGACGAGUCAGCGGAUCUUUGUGUUCCGGGCUGAAAAUGAAGUGCUGCGGCGCCGCUGGGUCUCCACUCUGCAGGAACACGUCAGGGAUCAGCAGGUGUUCGGACGCCGGCGUUUCGGUCCCGGGUCUCACUGUCAGAAACACGGCGCCCUCGAGCUGAAGGGAACCAAGUCCAAAGUCUACGUCGCCGUAAACACGGACCAGAUAUGGAUUCACAAGAGCGAGCAGUGUUUUCGUAACGGAAUAGGAAUCACGGUGAUCGAGGCUCGCGGUUCCACCAUCAGAGACGGAAAACACAAGAGCUUUGACCUCAUCACGCCGUUCAAAAGCUUCAGCUUCACGGCGGAGUCGGAUCGUGAGAAGCGGGACUGGAUGGAGGCACUGCAGGAGUCCAUCGCAGAGACGCUGUCUGACUACGAGGUGGCCGAGAAGAUCUGGUCCAACCGAUCAAACCGGACCUGCGCCGACUGUAAGGCCCCGAACCCGGACUGGGCAUCCAUCAACCUGUGUGUGGUCAUCUGCAAGAACUGUGCAGGACAGCACAGAAGUCUGGGGACGAUGGUCUCUAAAGUCCAGAGUCUGAAGUUGGACACCAGUGUGUGGAGUAACGAGAUUGUCCAGCUGUUCAUCAUGCUCGGUAACGACCGGGCCAACGACUUCUGGGCGCCGCGUCUGUCGCCCUCAGACGAGCUGGACUGCGACGCGUCGCCUGAACAGCGGCGGGAGUUCAUCACACAGAAGUACAGAGAGGGAAGGCUCCGCCUCCCUCACCCUGCGUUCAGCAGCCAGGAACAGCUGCUCAAGGUGUUGUGUUCGGCCGUUUCUGAACAGACGCUUCUGAAAACUGUCACUCACAUUUUCUCGGAGGCGGAGUCAGCUCGUCUCACCAACGACUUUGACUCCACCCAACAGCACCACCAGGUGUUGGAUCACUGCACUGCAUCAGACCCUGGUGUGUAUGAUGAGAUCAUGCAGCCUGUCCUUCACUCUGGGUUCCUGUUUAAAUCUGGUUCGGUCGGCAGAGGAACACUGAGCAGGAAAAGCAGAUCCGACUUUCAGAAGUUCUGGUGCUCGGUGGAUCGCGCGCUGCUUCUGUACGAGUCGGAGCGAUCAGCUGAUCCCUGCGCUCACAUCGACGCCAAAGACAUCGUGUGUUUGGGCGUCAGUCGACCCGACGCCGCCGCCAACAACAACAACAACGGAUUCAUCGACAGGUUCCGUUACACCUUUGAACUGUAUCUGAAGUCCGAGAAGGUGCAGCAGUUCGGCGUGGAGACGGCGGACGCUCUGCAGCGCUGGACCAGAGCCGUCGGGACGGCGGCGACACCUCUCAGCUGUCACUGUCUGCUGACCCGGGAGUUCGAGCGGGUCGGACUCCUGCGGUACCGGGCCAUGCUGGACCCUCAGCAGUGGAAGGACGCCUACUUUGUCCUGCAGAAGUCCAACCUCUUCAUCUGUCCUCAAACCGACGGCGUGGCAGAAGACAUCAUCAACCUGAACCGCCUGCAGGAGCUGAGUAUUGCAUCAGAGAUGGAGAACCAUGAGAAGAAGGACGUCCUGGUGUUGGUGGAGAAAGGAAGGACGCUCCACCUGCAGGGCGUCGGCCGCGCAGACUUCACUCUGUGGUACUCGGACAUCCAGCGAGCAGCCGGCGGGAAAGGAAACACGCUGAGGGAGCAACAGCUGAGCAGGAACGACAUCCCCAUCAUCGUGGACAGCUGCAUGUCCUUCAUCACGCAGUAUGGUCUGGGUCAUGAAGGGAUCUACAGGAAGAACGGGGCCAAGUCCAGGAUCAAACUGCUGAUGGACGAGUUUCGCAAAGACGCUCGCAACGUCAAACUGCGGAUCGGAGACCACUUCAUCGAGGACGUGACGGACGUCCUGAAGAGGUUCUUCAGAGAGAUCGACGACCCUAUCUUCAUGGCCGACCUCCACCCACUGUGGCAGCAGGCUGCUAAGACCCCUCAGAAGGUUCACAGGUUGGACCGUUACAAGGAAAUAAUCCGAAGUCUUCCUCGAGUCAACAGGACGACUCUGACUGCUCUCGUGGGUCACCUGUUCAGGGUGCAGAAAUGUGCAGACCUGAACCAGAUGUGCACCAAGAACCUGUCGCUGCUCUUCGCUCCCAGUCUCUUCCAGACGGACGGCAAAGGAGAACAUGAGGUGAAGAUCGUCGAGGAUCUGAUCGACAACUACCUGUACGUCUUCGAUAUCGAUGAGGAGCAUCAGACUCAGAUCGAGCUGGAAAUCAGCCUCAUCACCACAUGGAAGGACACGCAGUUGUCUCAGGCUGGAGAUCUGAUCAUCGAAGUUUAUCUGGAAAUGAAGAUUCCAGAUUGUUGCAUCACACUGAAGGUGUCCCCCACCAUGUGUGCUGAAGAACUGACCAAUCAGGUUCUUUACAUGAGGAACGUCCCUGCUGGAGACAAAGACAUCUGGAUGACGUUUGAGGCCAUUGAAGAUGGACAGCUGGAGCGUCCUUUACAUCCUAAAGAGAAGGUCCUGGAGCAGACUUUUUGA